GUAGUAGAAGUAGUUAUCGAUCAACAAGCCAUGGCCGUCAAUCAGUCCAAUGCUACCUUCAAGGACAAAGAAAAGCCAGCAGAGGUACGGCGAAACAAUAUCACGGCCGCGUGCGCCGUGUCCGAUGCCAUUCGCACGUCCCUCGGACCCAAAGGCAUGGACAAGAUGAUCCAGACUGGCUCCGGAGAAGUCAUCCUCACCAAUGACGGCGCGACCAUUUUGAAGCAUUUGUCGGUCAUGCACCCAGCGGCCAAGAUGCUGGUUGAUCUCUCUGCUGCCCAAGAUGUCGAAGCAGGAGAUGGUACCACCUCUGUCGUGAUCCUUGCCGGUGCUCUGCUGAAUGCCGCCGAGAAGUUGCUGAGUCGUGGAAUUCACCCGACACUAAUUGCAGAGUCCUUUCAACACAGUGCAGCCAAGGCUGUUGAGAUCCUAGAGAGCAUCAGUACGCCCCUGCAGCUAGAUGACAGGGCGUCUUUGUUGAGAGCGGCCACGACUUCGCUCAGCUCCAAAAUUGUCUCGCAAUAUUCAUCAUUGCUUGCGCCCAUCUCAGUGGAUGCAGUCCUUCGCAUUGCUUCGUCGGGCGAUACAAAUGUGGAUCUGAAGGACAUUCGCAUUGUCAAGAAGGUUGGCGGAACAAUUGAUGAUACCGAGCUGGUAGAUGGGCUCGUCCUUGCACAAAAUGCCAUCAAGUCAGCCAAUGGACCUGCACGUAUGGAAAAGGCCAAGAUUGCCGUGUGCCAAUUCCAACUCUCACCGCCAAAGCCUGACCUUGAGUCGCAAAUUGUUGUCAAUGACUAUCGACAAAUGGACAAGAUUCUCAAGGAAGAACGUCAAUACCUGCUCAACAUGUGCAAGAAGAUCAAAAAGACUGGCGCCAAUGUACUUCUCAUUCAAAAGUCCAUCCUGCGUGAUGCAGUCAACGAUCUCUCCCUCCACUUCCUCGCAAAGCUCAAAAUCAUGGCCAUCAAGGAUAUCGAGCGUGAUGAAAUUGAAUUUAUUUGCAAAACCACUGGAUGCAAGCCUAUUGCAGACAUCGAUUCAUUCACAGAGGACAAACUCGGCUAUGCUGAACUUGUUGAUGAGGUGCAAUCGUCAGGCAGUCGUGUCGUCAAGAUGACGGGUAUCAAGGCGCAUGGCAAAACGGUCUCCAUCUUGUGUCGUGGUGCCAACAACCUCGUUCUGGAAGAAGCAGAUCGAUCGUUGCACGAUGCACUCUGUGUCAUUCGCUGUCUUGUUAAAAAGCGUGCACUCAUUGCAGGCGGCGGUGCGCCUGAAAUCGAAGUCAGCAGGCAACUCGCCUUGCAUGCACGGACACUGACUGGUGCGCAAUCACUCUGUUUUGCAGCCUUUGCCGAAGCCAUGGAGGUCAUCCCAACAACAUUAGCAGAAAACGCAGGACUCAACAGUAUCAAGGUGGUGACUGAGCUGCGUAAUCGCCACGCCGCAGGUGAAACCACGGCAGGCAUCAAUGUGCGUAAAGGAGUGGUGACCAAUAUUUUGGAGGAGAAUGUCGUGCAGCCAUUGCUUGUUUCCACCAGUGCACUAGAGCUCGCUGCGGAAACGGUCAAGAUGAUUCUCAAGGUGGACGACUUUUGCAUCAGUCGGUAGAGGUUUAUCUUUGCCCGACAAACAUGAUGGGCUCGCAUGGACCGAAGGCCCGGACAAACAACAAACAAGGUACCAAGCAGGCGUUCUGGACCAGCUUCUAUAAUCUGGCUGGUCUGCUUUCCGUUUCUCUUAGGCAUCUACAACCACAUAGCAUUCCAUCAUGAUGCCGUUGAUUUGGCUAUCUGCCAU